AUGAAAAGCAUGCAAGCUCUCUUUCUGGCAGCCCUUCUUGCCGCUGCGGAUGCAGUCCCUCUUGCCAAGCACGCCCGCGAUCUGCCUCCUGAUGCGUAUGUGCCUAACGCUUCCCAGAUGGCAUCUGGCCAGGGGAGCGCGCAGUUCGAUGGUACCUAUGUUACGACUCCUUCGGAUGGCCUCCACCAGAAGCGUGAAAAAGAACUUAAGCACGAGCCUAUUCACACGAACCCUAACGAUGGUCUUAUCAUCAUCGAUGAUGGUCACCUGGACGACUAUAAGACAGAGUAG